AGGCGAAUUUCCCGAUCGGAACCCAAUUGCACAACACCUCGCCUAGAAUUUGCAUCCUCACAAUGAAGCUCCUCAUCUUCGCCUCAAUACUUGUUUGUGCCAGUGCUCUGGAUCAAGCCUGGCGGGAUCACAUGAAGGAGAAACUCACCGAGUUUGGACUCGAGUGUGCCGAAUCGGAACAAGCCACAUCCGAGGACAUUGAGGCGCUGCACAACCACAAGCCUCCAGUCACUCAUGCGGGAAGAUGCGUGAUUUUUUGCGUCAGCAAAAAACUCAAUCUGAUGAAUGCAGAUGGAACACUGAACGUCACUCCCCAAUCCGAUUGGAUCGAAAAAGUCAAGGAAACUGAUUCGGAGGCUUUUGAGAAAAUGAAAACUGUUUACCACCACUGUGCAGACACAGGUAGAACAGAAAAAAUAUCCACUACUAACUCAAGCACCAAAUAA